GGUGAGAGGGGGGGGGGGGAAAGCGGAACAAACCGGUGUGUGCUCGGAUACAUGCUGUAGCUGCUCGCCCGCACUGCAGAUUAACUCUUACCGUGCCGGGAGAUGCAGCAAGACAUGGAAAGGAUUGGUCAGAGCUUCUUCUGACCGUAACAACUCUUCAGCCGGCAGUCUCUCUCUCCCUGGGGAUCACAAGGACGCCUCCUAAACACAGCUCAUCCCUCAACCUGCCACACAGAGUGUCCGGACUGAGGCCAGGCACUGUGAGAAUGGGGCAAAACGCAGGGAUGAGCACCGAAGAGGCCAAGCGAGCAGUGUGCAUCUGCCUGUUCCUCUAAAAGAGACGAACUGAGGGAAACUAUAGAAAACCCAAAGAACCUCACAGUAUGACCUGCUGCUUUGCCACAUAUGGUGACAGAGGCUGACGCCGGCCACACAUUUCUGUGUGUGUGUGCGCCUGUGUGUGCGAGUGCAUCCCACUGUGUCGAGGAGUAUUUAACAGGGAGUGCGUGGCCUCCCCUCUGAUCCAGAAGGAGGUUGUAGUGUGCAGCCUUUUUUUGUUUCCCGGAUGCAGAACAUCCUCGAUCAGAACUUAGACAUGGCCACGGCUCUACUCGCCGGCGAGAAGCUGAAGGAGCUGAUCCUGCCUGGCUCCUCGCAGGACGAGAGGGGCGGAUUGCUGGCCGGCCUCAUGGUGCAGCUCAAACUGGAGCUGCCCUUUGACCGCGUCGUCACCAUAGGGACGGUCAUCAUCCCCAUCCUGCUGGUCACCCUCGUCUUCACUAGGAACUUUGCAGAGGAGUCCAUAUACUGUUACACACCACACAACUUCACCAGAGACCAGGCACUGUAUGCAAGAGGCUACUGCUGGACAGAGCUGCGGGACGCUGCGCCCGGCAUGGAACCUCACCUUUGGCCUUCGCUAUUUGAACACAAGUUCCUGCCCUACGCUCUGCUGGCCUUCGCUGGGAUCAUGUACAUUCCUGCUUUGGGCUGGGAGUUCCUCGGCUCCACGCGGCUCACCUCGGAGCUCAACUUCCUGCUUCAAGAGAUCGAUAACUGCUAUCAUCGAGCCGCUGAGGGCCGAGCCCCGAAGAUCGAGAAGCAGAUCCAAUCCAAAGGACCUGGCAUAACUGAGCGGGAGAGAAGGGAGAUCAUAGAGAACGCAGAGAAGGAGAAAAGCCCCGAGCAGAACCUGUUUGAGAAGUAUUUGGAGAGACGAGGCCAAAGUAACUUUCUGGCUAAGCUUUACCUGGGACGCCACCUGGCUAUUGUCUGCCUCAGUUCCAUCCCCAUUUCCUACCUGAGCGCCUACUAUGCCCGCCAAAGGCAGAAUGAGUUCACCUGUGCGCUGGGUGAGCCCCCGGACAUCAGCAGCUACCACGAGCUGAAGCUCAGGGUCAACUGUAAGCUGCCUGCUGUGCAGCUGCAGCGCAUCAUGGCGGCGGUAGACAUUUCUCUGCUCUGCACCAUGAACUUCAUCAUCCUUAUUAACUUGCUGCACCUGUUUGUGGUUCGCAAGUCCAACUUUGUUUUUGACAAACUGCACAAAGUCGGCAUCAAAACGCGGCGACGCUGGCAGAAGUCUCAGUUCUGCGACAUCAACAUCCUGGCCAUGUUCUGCAACGAGAACAGGGACCACAUCAAGUCGCUCAACCGGCUGGACUUCAUCACCAAUGAGAGCGACCUCAUGUACGACAAUGUAGUCAGGCAGCUGUUGGCUGCGCUGGCACAGUCCAACCACGACGCCACACCCACUGUGAGGGAUUCUGGGAUACAGACGAUGGAUCCCAACAUGGACCCCUCUGAUCUCGGAAUGGGAGAGAUGGUCGGGGAGCCGCUGGUCAUCAAACGGCCCCGCAAGAAGAUGAAAUGGAUCCCGGGCUCAAAUCCUCUUCCUCAGCCGUUCAAGGAGCCCCUCACCAUGACACGUCUGGAAAAUAACACCAAGUCUGAAAAACCCAAACCAGUCAGACGAAAAACAGCGACAGACAACUUCAUCGCACCACUGUUGGAUACAAAGAGCACACAAUAUCCUGCAAUAAAAGAUUACAGUGGGAUCGAGAAAAAGCACAGUCGCAACUUCUCUCUGGACGUCCACCCGUACAUGCUGACCAUUCGUAAGCCCAAGGUUGAGGCCACGACCAUCGUGCCUCUACCCUCAGCGCACAACAUGGAUACAGUGUACCUUGAAGGCACGCACACUGUUGUUCAUGUGUCUGGUGGCAUUACAGAAACGAAGGUUUGCUCUCCAUUAUCGACCAACACUGCCUUUUCUACGAUGACCCUACCCACCACUACUUAUGUAAAUGGCGUGAGCCCGAACCCUCCCUCCAGUGAGGACGCCCUCAGUCCCAAGUCCUCUCCUCUUCCUCCUCCUCUUCCUCCUACUCCUCCUCCAAGGGAGCCUCUCACCCAGACGGAAAACCCUGAGUGUCAGCCACCACACCUGACCAGAGCCCCUACACACCAGCUGAUGAGUAUACAUCACACUCUCUUUGAGGAAGAAGAGGAUGAAGAGCACCGUCGGGACAGACUGGCAGAGAGACCCGGGGAGCUCAUCGCCGCCGGAGAAUGUUGAAGGAGGAGGAAGAAGAAGAAGAGGGACGCUGACCGAGAUUCCUCAUCCCGACACAACACUCUGCGCACAUGACCACCAUGUCAGUCACCUCCUAUCAACAACCACCUCUACUGUUUAAAUGAACUCACACACGUCUGUGAUUGGGUGGAUUGGACAGCGAGGAAUUGACGUGGCACUCUAGCAGUCGUAAAAAGCAAAAUGACUCAACUUUUAGAUGGGAAACUUACUCUGAGAGGAUAAGACAAAUGUUUGUGUUUGUUGACCAGAGUAUUGCUGUAGGAAAUGAUGUCACAUCCAUGUCUCAGGAUGACUGUGUACAGCUAUACACCCUCCAAUGAAACCAGCAGUGAUAUAAUCCAACAGGGUGCUACAGUGCAGGGUCAAACAGCUAUAUUAAAAAAGGCUUAGAUGAGUGGCAAUGAGAGAUAAGUGAGCUUUCUAAAAAAAAAAAAAUACACACACACCUUAGAGAUGCAUAUCUGCAAAGAAGACUGCAUUAUAGCUUAAAAACAAAAUGUAUUUCAAACACAUAUGAUAACGCUUAGUCCCUUUAUCCCAAUAGAUAGCCAAGUAGAAAGGUAGCUCACGCAAUACAGUUGAGAUCUGCACAACUUAAUAUGCAAAAGAUCACAAUAUAUUUGUGGCAAUAAUGUAUGCGCUUAUGGCAUCAUAAUUCACACAAUGCUAAUGCCAUGUAUAGACACUGUAUAGGACUCAGUGUUUGUGGGGUGUUACAAACAAAUAUAACACACGUUUCAUGGCUUUAUCAUUGCCAUUUCACCAUCGAUUAGCCACGUGUAUCAGAUCUUGACUCGACUAUAUUUGCACGUCAUUAAUAAUGGGUAAAUUGGCAGAUUAUAUAAAGGAACAGCAAAAGAACAGACUAUAAUGAAAGGGUGGCGUUGUGAGGUGACGUGCAACUACAAUAUUGUCUAAUAGGUACCAGAUAUCUAUGACAGAAAUGCAGCGAUUCUGGAGUUUUCUCCUGAAGACUUUAAAAGCAGCUCCGGUAUGAUGAAUGGAGCUGGACUCACUGGUGAAGUGUGUGACUUUAGUGUUCUGCUGGCUUCUCGUGGGAGUGCUGUGACGUGAAGUGAAUGAAGUGAUGAUUAGAUGUUAAAAUCGUUCCUCACUGGAAGGUUUAUUAGUACAUGAUGACUAAGGUUUUGAUUGCCAUCUGCUGUCUCCGACACGAUCUCAAUUUCUGCCCUGUCUCACAUUGUGCCAACAUCUGCUAUGAAGGAAUUAGUUAGAAUAGCUGGUCUGUUAUUUGUAGUAGAAACCAAGCAUAGGCCUUUAAAGGUAUGUUAGCACAUUUCACAGGGAUCGAGUGAGUGGACAAGGGGAUGGGUGCCUAUACCACAACCUCACAUUUCUUGCAGCUGCAUACAUGAUUACAGGAACUUCAAACUGCCUACAUUGACUCACACACAAAUAUGACAUCUACUGUAGAAGACAUUAGUCGUCAGGGGCUUACCUACAAUAUAGGUAGGCCUAUGCAUACUAUACUUUAUUUCUGGGGCAUUCAGUAACUCGUGAUGAGAGAUAGCACUUCAGUUUCCAGUUAUCUUUUGGUGGAAAUAAAAUGAUCCAUCUCAUUAUCAUGACACAGGUUGGCUCAAAAUCCCCUUGUUAGACUGCUCAAGCACACUAAAAUGCAUCCAAAAGCACUUUAAAAGACUUGUAGCACGAGUGUGUGUGAGAGCAUGUUAUAAUAUGUUGGAAACACAGCUCUGCUUCUUCUUCUAAAUGAUUUUCCGUGUAGAUUUAAAACAUUGAGACAGUCGAGGAGGUAAAUGUGUGACAGUCUAGUGGAAAGAAACAUGGAGAAAAGAAUUUGAUUGUACUGUGUGAAAUGUUAUAAUGGGAAAGUAAUUAAAAAGCAUUUUCACUAUAAAAAAAA